AUGUCCGACGGCUGGGGCGACAGGUACCAGCAGCGCUUCGGAGCGGAUCCCGUCUUCCCUGGUGCGGAUCCCGUCUUCCCUGGUGCGGAUCCCGUCGACCCUGGUGCGGAUCCCGUGCACGACCCUGGUGCGGAUCCCGUCCACGACCCUGGUGCGGAUCCCGUCGGCGCGAUCAUCCCUGCGUGCCAUGCGCUGCUCCCCGUUCACGCAGACGUCGUUGUCGACCACCAGAUGUUCGGAGCAUUGUUCGAUGCGGCGGUUUCCACAGACUUCCAGUCGGACGAAUUGUGCGCCCGAGCGGAACGGAUACUUUCUCAGCAGGGGGUCUCGAGCACCAAGGCCAUGCUGCAUGGCAUCAACUUGUCGCACCACUCACACGCAUGGACAGUGAAGGAACGCCUCGCAGAGCUUACUCUCAUGAUGGACAGGUGGCUCAGAGGCCAACUCGAGAUGAAGCUCACCACUAUUCCAGACGUUAACCUGGUGAUGUACGCGAUGUUCGAGGCCUACGACGAGACGCCGUUGAAGACUGGAGCCGUGCAAAGUGAGGAUGCAGUGCUGCUACCGCUGCACAGCUACAUGGAGUCGAUCGAGGACGUAGGCGGAGCGGGUGGAGACGGCGACGGCAUCGACGGUUAUGGCCAGAUCAGGGCUUCCAGGCCCCACAUCCGCGUGAAGGACACGCAGGUUUCCAAGAUAUUCCAGGUCACGCGAUGGGCAUCAAUGUUGAUCAGAAUCGGUCCGACAUAUUAUCUGUUCAGGGUGAAGACGCUGAACUCGCUAUCGAACCUUGAGAGCACCACCUCGAACGUCAUCAACAAAGCGCUUGGCUCCGUCGAGCACCUGAGCAUGGCCCCAACCAAGUUCAAGCACAAGAUCAGGGUUGCCAUGUCGGUCUCGACGUGCAACAAGCGUUCUUGCCAGAUCGUCGACUUGUUCUUCACUUUCGGCAUUCGUUUUUCUCUGAGCCUGCAAGCCGCUGGUGCCAUGGCGCAGUUCAGGCAGGCCAUCGUUGAAGCGUUGAUUGAUCACGCCGAUGUCCGACGGGGCGCGUCUUCGCAAGAGGCAGCGGCAUAUCGGAAAGCAGUGGUUCAGAGCUACCUUGGAAAGGGUAAGGGGGCGCGGGCGCGAUGGGCGACGCUCGAGUGCACUCUCAGGGGGGAUUGGCAGAACCAUAACCACAUCGAGAUCUAUGUGGGCUGGGACGAAACCAACUCAGUCAAACACGUCAUCGAGAAGCUGUCCUGGGAUAUCUUGUUCGCUAUUGCCCCCAGAGCCCUUCGAGUGUUCAACAGGAAAAGCUGGACUGGCUUGUCAGAGGCGCUCGCGGACAUUUGCUUCCUAGACGCAGUGCGCGGCAUCUGUUCGAAGGCGUACAUCAAAUGA